AUGGGCUAUGAUUAUUGGCUUGUGCACUUGACCUGGACCAUUCCUCCAGCAGUCUUGUUCACAGUGGCUUAUUGGCCAUUCUUCACGAGAAUAGAGAUCUGGAAGAUAUCUAUCCUGAUAAAUGUAGCAAUCAUCGCCACGAUACCAUGGGAUUCAUUUUUAAUUCGUAAUCGCAUCUGGACCUACCCAGCUGAUGCUGUGGUCGGCAUUACUUUUUUCGACAUCCCGAUUGAGGAGUUAUUUUUCUUCGUCAUUCAAACAUACUGCACCAGUUUGCUCUAUGUUAUUCUCACCAAGCAUUUGGUUCUUCCCGCUUAUUUGCUUGACCACGCUCAUCAAUUCAGCAAGAAUGUUGGAUCCGCGACGAUCAUUGGCGGAAUUGCCUUCGGUGCGCUGUGCAUCCUCACGGAGAACAAGUUGACCUACAUGGGUCUGAUUUUGACAUGGGCUCUGUCGGUGAUUUUGUUCCAAUGGUCUCUUUGUGGGAGCUUUCUGCUCGCAUUGCCAAGAAAGCAAAUUCUCGUGCCAAUUUUGAUUCCAACCUUUUAUUUAUGGUUGGUAGACCUUUUGUCACUUCAGCGUGGCACAUGGGUCAUUGAACACGGCACAAAGUUGGACAUUCAAUUCUGGGGGUUCCUGGACAUCGAGGAAGCGACAUUCUUUUUCCUCAGCAAUGUCAUGGUUGUACUUGGUAUGGUCACAAUGGACCACGCCGUUGCUUUGGCCCAGUAUGAUAUUGUUACCUCGGAGUUGCCUGGAAGAUCUCUUCCUUCAUUGGGUCAAAUCGCUUGGUCAUAUAUGGCCCAGAAGAGAAAGCCUCUCGACGUUGGUUUUUUAGACGGACUACGCGCGGCAGUGACAGAGCUGUCUCGCAAAAGCCAGAGCAUGUACCUGGGAAGCGCAAUGUUCCAGGACGGGCUCCGAGUUGAUCUCAUCUUUUUAUACUCCUUCUGCAGAGUCAUCGACGAUUUGGUCGACGAGGCUCCUAGCCGUGAAAAAGCCCAAGAGAGCAUCAAAGAAGCAUCUCAAGUCUUGCACUGGCGUUUCUCCACCAAAAGUCCGAAGAAGCCUUUAUAUGACUACCUUAAAGACAAAAAAGGCCCAGUUUCGUCCCCACUGCUCGAUUCUAUCGCCUUGCUACCUGCUUCUCGUCUCAGUCUGGCUCCAUUGCUUGAACUUUUGUCCGGGUUUGAAAUAGAUCUUCUAUUUUCGCCGGAAGACCGUGAGUUCCCUAUUGAGACAGAAGCAGACCUGGAAGUGUACGCUCAGCGCGUAGCCGGUACCGUUGCAGCCGGCCUCCUGGAACUGGUCUUCAGUCACUCUGAAAUAAAAUACAGCGCUGCCCAGCAAGAGAAGAUUAUAAAUGCAGGUCAGAAAAUGGGGCAGGCGUUGCAGUACGUCAACAUUGCGCGUGACAUCAAGCGUGACGCAGCGAUUAAGAGAGUCUACAUUCCAUCAUCGUGGUUGAAGACGAAAGGAUUGACGCCCACUGAUGUGAUAGAGAGACCGGAGGAUCCCGCGCUAGCUACAUGCGAAUCGCAGAUGCUCGCAAAGGCAGACAGUGCUCAUCGAUCGAGCGUGGAGGCGAUUGACCAGCUGCCGAAAGAUGUUCGAGGGCCUAUCAAGACUACGGUGGAGAGUUAUAUGAUGAUUGGACAGAUGGUUCGCAAGGCACGACAGGACUCGAUCAAGAUAGAGGGAAAGCUCAAAGUACCAUUGUGGCGGAGGUUGACGCUUGCAUGGCGGGAGAUGUAUGUGAAUCAUUAG